CUCGUGGCGUCGCAUCUUUCUGCCCGCUCCCCUCUUCUUCUCAAAGGUUCCUCGUUUGGAUCCCUUAUCUUCGCUUCUUCUCCGAUUUGCCGAUCUUGUUUUCCUUGAAAUUUCUAUGUGAAUAGCGUUAUAUAACUUUUUUUUUGCUGUUGUUUUCCCCGGAGAUUCGAGAAAGUUGCCGUCUUUCUCGCGCCCCUGCGCCUGCUGAAAUCCAUGUUCAUUUGCGCUCCAUGGAUCCCUCUCUGACUCAGCCCGCUCCAGAGGUAGAAGAAGACGAGUGGGAUACUGAUGGGUUUGUGAUCCCAAGUUUGAACGUUGGAGACUCUGAUCUUGGUAAACCAGAUGUGCCGGGAGUAACAGAUCGUGAACCUCCUCCAAGGGCCUUCAAGGAAGCUGAAAAGAUCUACUUGGGACCUCACGGGGCUCCGCCCUCUUCAGCCAAGCAGCAAGAGCUGAACGCAGCUGGCCGUAAGCAGCGUUUCAAGCAGAAGCUCAAGGAAGCAGAUUGUAAAUUCUCCGGGACGGGGCGUGAAAACAAGGUGGAAACCCUGAGACAACGUGUGGGCAGUAAGGUAAGCAGUGCAACCACGCCAAAGAGCUCCCCACGAGAUUGGCCUGACCCACAUUGCCAUGAGUCUCAGUUUGAGAGAUACCGUCAUUAAGAGCAUAAUCAAGCAAACUCUAAGAUACGUUUGUGGAGCAUCUUCUUUAUAGUCUUAAAAGCCAUAAUAUCUACUAACAAGGGAUGCAUCCUUGUUAUGAACCGUGGAUAUUGUCUAUUAUUACUGAAUGUUCUAUUCUCCACAUUAAAUGGAUUAUGUUUCAUCAGCAUCCUCUCGUCUGGUUUUUUAGUCA